AUGAGUAGACUGAGGAAAAAGAAGGAGCUCUCUCUUAUUGAGGAACUGAAAGAAAGAGAUCUACUUGAGGAAGGAGAGUCGGUCGACAUCCCAGAUUUGGAAAAUGAGGAUCUCAUUGAGGAGAAUUCCUUAAGUGUGAUGGUUCGGUGCCUUAACCCAGCAGUGCAUAAGGUGGGCGGUCUGGUCAAAGCGCUGCCACCCAUUUGGGAUCUUGAAUAUAGAGUGCGAGGUCGUGGUGUCAGUGAGCAUCGAGUCCAGUUUAUUUUCCAAUGCGAGAAAGAUUUCUCCUUUGUUCUUACCAAAGGACCAUGGUUUGGAAAUGGAUGGAUUGUGGCGGUUGAUCAGUGGACUCCUAAUCCGCGACCGGAUUUUCUUAAUCAAAUCUCUUUCUGGAUUAGGAUUAAAGGGCUCCUGAUUCAUCUCCUUAAGAAACAAGCAGUUGAGAGCAUUAUCUCUCCACUAGAUAAACCUCUUCAGUUCCGUAAACUGGCACAAUUCUCAACAGGGGAACAAAUUUGGACGGAACUCACUUAUGAAAAAUUGUUAAAGGUCUGUUUCCUGUAUAAGAGAUUGACGCAUGAUCAGGAGGGCUGUCCAUACAAUGUGGCUGAAGUAAGAUCUGAUGUCAGAGAAGAAAGACAACUUAGAAGAGUAGCAAAGGAGGCUGCAAAAGAUCUCGGGAAAUGA